GAUGCUGCCAAGCCCCUUGCCGGGUGCGGGCUCGCCGGGGAUGGAGGCACCCUCCGGCCGGGGCACUGCAGCGGAGGCCCAUCUGCUGCCCGUGCUCGGCAGGCGAGGAGGGCACGGGCUGGGGAUGCGUGCCAAGCCUGCAGCAAGCGAGAAGGAGUAACAGGAGUGUGCGCGUGGGAGGGAAAACAUACAUACAAAUAGAUCCGUAUGAUCAUCAAACGUCCCCUCUCCCCCUGCUCUGUCUCCAUGUCAGGUUGCUGUAAUCCCCCCGUUGGGGGCUGGCUGCAAAGAGACGUGGGCAGCCAAGUUCUCCCUGCUCAUGCAGGGCUGUCAGGUCGCUGCUGGGCUGGAAAUAGAUGUAUGUCCUGCUGGAGUGGCACAGGCUGGCGGAGCUCUGUCCUUGUUGGAGUUUAGCUCCCUGGGUGAGCAUGACAAGGGUGAUGGGGAACAUGGCAUCUGCUGCAGCUCUAGGCUUCCUGAGACAGCUCAGCAAGGGAGGGAGUGCAGAGCGGGAUGGAGAGAGGCUCCCCUUGGUGCCUCAGCCUGUGGUUUUCCUCUGGGUAUUUCUGCAGGCUGCGGUUCCCGGAGCCCUGCCUGUUUCCCAGAGCUGAAGCUGGGGUCUCGCACGCCUCCUUCCACCCUAAGGCGCAGCUUGGGUCAGGAGAGAGCCUGCCCUGUCUCCAGCACACAGCGUGGGUGCCGAGCGCCUCCCCUCCCAGAGAAUGGCCCUCCAGUUAACUCCAAAUCCCUCCCCUUGAGUGGGAAGUUCAAGCCCGUGAAAACAUGCAGUGGCACCAUUGCUAACAAGUAUGACUUGAGUCACUGGGAUCCCCCAGCCCCGUGCGAACAGUUUCAAACUCCCACCUAACUCCUGCCCUCGUCUCCCCACCCCCUGCAAUGUGUGAGUCUGCAGGAACUUUUCAGGACCCCUCCCCGAAGGGUGGCUCUCGUGCUCGGUAGAUCCCACGUGCAGAAAGGGUGUUACAGUUGAGCUGGAGCCUGUGAUUUAGGGAACACUUGCAAGCCCUUGUUGCUGAAGCCUGGUUGCUGCCAGCUCCUCUGAGAAGAGCUGAAAUCAAGCAGGACCUGCCAUUGCUUGAGCCUCAGACAGCAGAGAGGCAUCUCAGAGGGGAGGGAGAACUGUGGGCUCCCCAGCACAUCUCCAGUUUCUAAAGCCCCCAGUAAAAACAGCUAUAGCACCUGCGCUGGUUUUUCAGCCUCAGUAGUAGUGCUGGGAACAUGUCCUCCAAGCUGGGUGGAAGAGCGGUCUUUUGAGCUAUUCCUGGGGAGCCUCCAGGCUCCCUGUAGUGUUAUAAAGCAAGCUUUGAAUGAAAGCCAUUGAGAUCUGCAGAAGAGGAGUGAAGCUUCAACUCUGCCACUGCAUGUCAUAAAAGUCCCUCAGAGAUUUAUAGCUUCUGUAUACCCUUGGGUGAUUUUGCAGUAGUGGUAAGAAAUCCACUGCAAGGUAUAACAUUCCCUCCCUGGGAGGACUCUGUUGCACCUCCGUAGCUUGUUUAUUAAUGCCCUGGAUCUGGCAAUUAGAUCCUUGGGAGAAGGAAAGGACUCAGGCUAGGUGCAGGUGAGUUUUCUUGCUCUGUUCCUAAUGUGGUGGCCCAGCUGCUGCCUUUCAUGCCGGCACACCUUUGGUCCUAGGUGCUGUUGAGGCUUACGUCCAUCAGAGGUGCCCAGAAUGUGGGGGACCGUUUCCAAACUGGGUUCAGGGGCUGAGCUGCUACCUGCCUCCCUCCCUGCAAAUGCUGAUAAGAUGGGGAAGAGUUGCCUGCGUGGCCCGCAGGGGUUGCCUUAGCAAGGAGGUCAAGAAGAGGAGAUGGGAAAUAGUGUGUGUAUUUGCAUGGAUGUUAGCUUCAGGGGGUGCUCCUAGCUGUAAACACUUACCUAGAGUACUUGUGCCCAACACAAGGCAGGGAUAGCUGGUCUGGAGUGUUGCUGGGGUGCUCUGUGCUCACAGAGCCUGCUUAACCUAGGCCAGGUGCACGACAGCAAGCACAGAUACACUUGGUGUGUUUGCCUGGGGAGCGUACCUAUGAAGUUUGUGUGCUUGUGCGUUUCUCAUAUGCCUUGUGUUUACCUUUCUCCUCCUUCUCCCACGCACGACUGGUUAAGUAUGGUGUGACUUUGUGGCCUGCCAGAUUGGUGUCACGUGCUUAUUGCAUGUCUUUUAAGGGAUGCUUGUGUGACAAACAUAGGUGGGUGGUUGCUGGGUACACAUAGCAAUGCACACAGGUCCUGCUGGGUGUGCUUACCGUGGAACGCAUGUACUUUUCUAGAGUUUCUGCCCGCAAUAAAGGUGGUGUGCAUAAACAGCUGUGGGUACAGCAGUUGUCAGAACAGUGCGCUUAGAUGUUAUUGUGCGUGCUCAGUGUGUGAAGGACACCUUGGGACAGAGAAGUUUCUGCCUGUGCCCCUCCCUUGCUUUGACCUGUCAGCAAGCACAGAUAAAUGCUGUCUCAUGACAGGGUUCAGAGCAGAGUUUUUGGCUUGCUGUGUCUGAGCUUCCUCCUAUCUUGAGAAUAGCAUCUUUAAGGUGCACCAGCUAUCACAUAUUGAUGUCUUCCCCCUGGUCCCUGCAUUGGAUCAUAAAGGUGGAGGAAGGAAGUGGGGGAAUUUGAUGAUGGAUAGAUGGGGCAAGCUGGGCCAGCAUUCAUUCCUAAAGGCUGAUUAGGUUUUAGGUGGAGUUAGUUGCUCUAAAAUGAGCCCUUUGUACAUUGUUAGAAUCUGUGACCCAAUCAGUGGGAUGUAGCUCGAGGAGGUGGUGCUAACGAAGGCUGGUACAGCUGACGAUAACUCUGGCAGAGAGGGAGGCAGAGGGGUACUGACUGGCACAAGAUCUUCACAUCUUUAGGUCAGUGUAAGGUGCCUCAAACAGCUGGUUCAUGUUACCAGCCCUGACUGUAGAAGAGAGUGGCUAGUUGUCCCUGCCUGCAUUUCCCUAUCACCCAUCAGUUCUGCAACAAAAGGUCAGGCUGCAUUGCAUUUGCCCUGACAACAGGAUGGCAUCUUGUGGUAUUGCAACAAAGUGUUACAGUGGGAUCUGAAAUUUGGGGAAGGUGGGCACAUGGGGCAGUGCAAUACAAGGGGACAUAGGGGUAUGUUUGAGGAAUGCUCACUGUUCCCCACCCUGGAUGUUCUUGGAAGGGUGAUGACAUCUGCAGUGCACACAUGGAGUGUGCUGUCAGGUCAGUGCUGCAGGCUGGCCUUGAGGAGCAUUGGCAGAGCUGCGUGAAGGGGGAAAGCUUGGUAUCGUGGGCAGCUCCAGGUCAGGUUUGGGGUGUUUUGAUAAGAGUUAGGAGAGUGUGUGGUUGGGACUGGACUGUGCCAUAGUAGCGAUGCUGUGUGGGGUGCCAGGACCAGCAGCUUGUCCUAGGGACCAGGGCGUAGUUGCAGCCACAUUGCUGCUGAGUUCCCCCUUCUGAAGGAGGUGGGAGGAGAUGCCUUUUGCUGGAGCAGCCAUGUAGGGUGCACAAGAGCAUUCCAUGUUUCUCCCUGUGAAAUGGACUCUGGUUGCAGCUCUCAGGAAGGCAGAAAGAUGGUUUCUUUACUUUCCUUUUCAGAAUUCUUUGCGCUCCCUGCUGUGCAAACCCUUUACUUCCUUCAGGCUCCUCCUGAAGCACAACAGGUACCUCCUGCUCUUCAAACCCCUGAACACCUGGGACAGGGCAGGUGUACUUCCGUGCUCAGAAACUUGCCCGGUGGAGCUGAUGGGUGAAAGGGAGUGCAGCACUGCACUCUGAGCUUGCUUUCAUCGGGUAGGCUGAGGGAAGCAGCAGCAUGAAGGGAACUGGCUGCCUUACAAAAAGUCAGGGCUUGUUCUUGAGCCAUGAUCUAGGAAGUGAUUAUUCCCUGCUUUAGGAUAGCAAAAGUUACCCGAGCUGCUCGCUGUGGGGGCCUUGGCCUUUCAUAAUGAAAUAACACCCCUACCAGGUUGGAUAGGCAGCUUGAUGAGAUCAGUUAAUGUUCCCUGUUUCCCCAGCUAGGUGAGUGGCGAGGCCUGUGUCUAAAUAGGGUUCUCCCCCCACCCCCAAAAAAAAUCGGCCAUGGCUGUGGGGUGUGACCAAACUGAGCUCUGCCAGCAGUCUUUUUCAGCAUGUAAUGCAAAAGCUGCAAGCAGCAGGAGAGGUGGGUAUGGCUGUCCAGGGGGAGAGAGGCAGUGGGGGCAGCUCCUCUUUCUGAGGAUCAUCUGAGUCUUUGCAUUUUAUGACAAGGUUUCUCUCCAAGGGCCUUGAAGCAACCCAUAAAGCUGCUUUUAAUUAGGCCAGCCCACCCCCUUACCUGGAGUAGAAAAGUCUCUCUCCCAUUUCCCACCCAGGGAAACUGAGGUGUGGAGCAAGGUGGCGAUGUGCCUGUUGGUGCACACAGAGGCUCCGCAGGAGAGCAGCAACUGAAGCACAGCACUUCCAUUCUUCCUUCACCGCCGGCUGUCUUGGAAAUCCCAGAGAACAGCCGGGUGUGGGUGCUGUGCCAGGGGUUAUCGAUAACUUUCUAGUCACUGCUUGGAUCCUGUUGCCCUUUUCACUGCAGAUAUCGCCUUGUUCUUGAUCUGCCGCCUAAUCUAUAAUCCCGGCUCCCUGCUGCCUUUCCCUUGGAGUGCUGUUUUCCCCUUGGUGUGUAAAUCCUUACAGGCUGGGCCAGGGUUAGCAAGGAGAAUCAAACUGUCAUCUGUUUAAGGCUUUGGGGUAAAUUUUAUCUUGGGAUAUUGCUGACUGUGUCUUGCAUGAUACCAAAGCUGCAGCAAGCAGAUUUGAAGCAUACCGAAAGACUAAUGCAAAUUAGACCCGCUGCAUAACGGCUUCAGCAGCUGUGAAACCUGCGAUCUAAACGCAGGUAUCUGCUACGCUGACUUUAUCUGAGUUAGGAUCCCCUGUUUUGGCAUGCAGAUACUGGAACUGAACAAAAAGCAAGAGAGGCAGUAUGGCAAAGAGGCAUGAAAGGAAGUCUCUCUCCUGGAUGCUGAGCCCUUUAAGAAAGAAGGGGAAGGUAAACUAGAGCCCUGAGAUUUUAAGCUGGUUUUGCUGAGGCUGAAGAGAGGGCUAUGGCAGCACUUUCAAUUCCUGCUUCCUCUGGCUGGGCAGCAGGGGAGAAGGAGGAGGACGGAGGCCUGCGCAGACUGAGCAUGUUGGGCACAGACCGAUGGCAGAGGCGGCGGGAGCUGGGGAAGGAUGAAGAUGAGACGCCAUAAGCUCUUUCUGACUCUCUGCAUGGCUGGUCUCUGCCUCAUCUCCUUCUUGCACUUCCUCAAGGCCCUUUCCUAUGUCACCUUCCCCCGGGAGCUGGCUUCACUUAGUCCCAACCUUGUCUCCAGUUUCUUUUGGAACAAUGCCCCUGUCACACCUCAGGUCAGCCCUGAGCCAGGGGGUGCAGAGUUCCUCCGCACACCCCUGUACUCCCACUCCCCCUUGCUCCAGCCCUUGCCCCCCAGCAGAGCCAGUGAAGAGCUGCACAAAGUCGAGUUUGUGCUGCCAGAAGACACAACAGAAUAUUUUGUUCGUACCAAAGCCGGUGGCAUUUGCUUUAAACCAGGCACCAAGGUGUUGGAGAAGCCACCUGUGGGAGGGCGGCUGGAGGAGCGAGCGGAUGGCGCAGCCUCGGGGCGGCCGGCUCGCAAGCCGCUGAGUGCCAGUGGGACCAAGCGGCGCAAGUGGGUGGAGUGCGUGUGCUUGCCGGGCUGGCACGGCCCCAGCUGCGGGGUCCCCACUGUGGUCCAGUACUCCAACCUGCCCACCAAGGACCGCCUUGUGCCACGGGAGAUCCCCCGGCGGGUCAUCAAUGCUAUCAACGUCAACCAUGAGUUUGACCUAUUGGAUGUCCGCUUCCACGAGCUGGGAGACGUGGUGGACGCCUUCGUGGUGUGCGAGUCGAAUUUCACAGCCUAUGGAGAGCCACGACCCCUCAAGUUCCGUGAGAUGCUCCUCAACGGCUCCUUCGACUACAUCCGCCACAAGGUGCUCUACGUCUUCCUGGACCACUUCCCCCCCGGCGGCCGCCAGGACGGCUGGAUCGCUGACGAUUACCUGCGCACCUUUCUCACCCGGGAUGGCAUCUCUCGCCUCCGCAACCUGCGCCCAGAUGAUGUCUUCAUCAUUGAUGAUGCUGAUGAGAUCCCGGCCCGUGAUGGUGUGCUCUUCCUCAAGCUCUACGAUGGCUGGACGGAGCCCUUUGCCUUUCACAUGCGCAAGUCGCUCUAUGGCUUCUUCUGGAAGCAGCCAGGCACCUUGGAGGUGGUCUCAGGCUGCACCAUGGGGAUGCUCCAGGCUGUCUAUGCUACCGACGGGAUCCGUCUGCGGCGGCGUGAGUACUACACCAUGCCUGGCUUUCGGCAGUAUGAGAACAGCACAGGACACAUCCUGGUGCAGUGGUCGCUGGGCAGCCCCCUCCACUUUGCUGGCUGGCACUGCUCCUGGUGUUUCACCCCAGAGGGGAUCUACUUCAAACUGGUGUCGGCCCAGAAUGGGGACUUCCCCCGCUGGGGUGACUAUGAGGAUAAACGAGACCUCAACUAUAUCCGGGAGCUGAUCCGGACUGGUGGCUGGUUCGAUGGUACUACGCAGGAGUAUCCCCCUGCCGACCCCAAGGAGCAGAUGUAUGCUCCCAAGUACCUGCUCAAGAAUUACCAGCGGUUCCGCUACUUGUUGGAGAACCCUUACCGAAAAGCAGAGAGCACUGGGUGAGGCCACUGGGGCUCACAUGGGAAAUCAGAACUUCACAACAAAGGGAAGGAGUCGGGUGUUUUCAUCUGUUCUUUUUCUUUUUUGUUUUCUUUGGUUCUGGGUGGGGUGUACCAUUUCUCCAGGAUCUCUGCCUUCCCUCCCUUCCUUCUCUUCUUCCCUUCAUCCAGGGUGAUGUCUGGGGAUGUGAAUUUCUUGGUAACGGGAAGGGAGGCCUGGGCAGGAGGAGGAGAGAUGUUUGGGACCUACUCUGGCAGUAGCAUAAAGACUGUCUUGCAUUUCCCGGACCUCUUCUGCUGGCUGGAGAGAAUCUCUGCAGCCAGCUGGUGGAUUUUCCUCCGGGGGAGGCCGGGAGGGUCCCAUGGGGAGAGAGGGCAGCUGUUCCCAUCCUUUGUGGAUUGGAGCAAGCACAGAUGUGAGUCUGGGCUAUUCAGUGAGCGUGUGAGUCAGCAGGCACAAACUGAUGCGAGUGGUCACGUGUGCAGAUGUGUGUCACAGGCAUUUUUUUGGAUGAGUGAAUGUGCAAAAGCAUCUCAGUAUGCGUUUAUUUUUUGUAUACCUCUAUAUUCAGAGUAUUUUGGGGAAGGGAAAUCCUUUGCUUCCAAGGUGUUCUCCCCAACAUGCAGCCUCGUCCCACAGGCUUAAUGCAUCUGUCCUGGGCUGUAUCUUGUCCUGAUGCUCUACCAAUCCUGGAGCAGACAGAUGGGAAGCAGAGGAGAAAGCAGAUUUAUUUUUUUUUUUAAACUCCUUUUUCACCCCUGCCCCCACAACACUGCAUUGGCUUGGCCCACAGAAGCUGAAGCAUCUUCCCUGCAGUACAUGCUUCUAUUGGAGCUGGGGUGAGCUGCAGGGUACUUAAUCAGAUGGUGGGAGUGUACGUUUACAAGUGCAUGGUUUCCUAUGUGCAUGAGUGCUAACAUGCAUGGUUUUGGUAUGCACGUGGGCGUUUGAUACCAGUAUUGGUAUAUUGGGGGGGGGAAGGGGACAUAGUUGGGCUUAGGGGUGUGUGUGCUUUCAGGAAAUGGUGGUAUCCAGAAGUUGUGGUCUCUGUCUUGGCAUGGAUGACUUUUUGGGGAAUUCAUAGGAAAGGGCCAGGGAGAGCACUGGCUCUGCAUAGCACUGUUGCGUGCUUCUGUGGCUGCCUCUGCAACACUGCAGGCUCUGUUUGUUGCAGGGUCGCUGCUUACAUGUGCUGGCCAUUUCAUCUUGCUGUAAGGUAAAAGGGAAAGGAGAAGGGCAAAGCUCUGAGUCAGCAGUGGGUGUUAUGGAGAAACACAAAGCCUGUCAAAGGCACAGGAUCCGUCUGCUCUUAGGGUGUGAGGGAGCUCAUGGAGAAAGAGGGCAUAGGCAGACUUUCCCGGGGACCAAGAGGCUGUUUUGGGACAAUCGUGCCAUCCAGAGAGCAUGUGCAGCCUGGGCUGUGCAGACAGGACUGUGCAGAGGAGAGGGAAUCUACAGCACUAGUUGCAGCUGGUUGGGCCAGUGUCUGCUCAGAGUUUGCCAGUGAUGGGUGGUCAGGAUCUGGCCCAUCUUAUUGGUUCAGCUCAUUGAGGACGCAGAUCCUCAUCUCCACCCAUACCGCCCUUCCUUAGCAGAUGGCUUGAUGGAGUGCCCGGAGCCUGGGCUGUAGUGGGCAGAGGGUGAAAAACAUGGUGAAGUUGCUCUGUUAGCCUUGCAGUGGAAAGACUGGCUCAUGUUCCAAGCAUAGUAGUGAAGAUCAUACAGAGGAGGAGGAGGAAAAUGAUGGCAUAAGGAAGAGUGACCCUGACAUCGGGAGUGCUGUGUUGAAGCAGGAGGGUUUCCAUUGCCAUUAAGUCAUUCCAUCAGGGUCCGUAUUCCUGUGCUGUCCAACCUAUUCCCAGCCUUGUGCCUCAUUCCCAUCUCUGUAUAUCUUUCUUUAGCCCUCCUAUCCACAUCUCUAGAGAAGUAAAAAACAUCGACAAUAACUUGAUUGCCUAAUAAGACUGAGACUGGAACAGAAUAAAGAUGAACAUUCUUUUUCUGAUCAAACUGAGCUUAGCUUCUUCCACACCUAAGCCAUAAUGCCUGCUUAGAAGAACUGAAGGACUUUGAUUUAAAAAAAAAAAAAAAAAAAAAGGCGUUCUCACUUCUGCUGUGUCUUCCCCACAGGUAGAAAAGUCCCAUUUGGGAACCUAGUGGAGGGAGGAGGAGCUCUGGUAGGCAGAAUGCUCUUCCCCCAAAGGGAAUCUGUGGCUCUUCUAAGUGCAGGUUUGUUGAUGCAGCAGGACGGAGUCUUGUCGCAGUCACAGGGUCCUUGUGCCAGAUCGCUGCAUGGAGGUCUUCGGUGUACAGGGAUUAUAGAGAAAUGGGGAUCCAGCUGAGAGGAGGAGUCUGCUUUGAGCAAGAUGAGAGCGGUAGCACUGAGGCUGCAGCACAAGGGGGACAUGCUUUCCCCAGGGGCAGCCAGAGGAGAGCAGGUGUGUCAGCUCGUGGGAUUCAGUAGCAGAAAAGUAUGGAAGGAAGAAUCUGUUUUUCAUUUUUACUCUUGGAGGGAGCCUAAGAUCUAAUCUCAGACCUUUGGCUUUGCCUUAUCUUUGUGACAAGAACACAAGGCCAGUGCCAGGCCUUGCUGAAGACAGGAAAGACAAGUCAGUCCGUGCAUGGGUGCUUUGGCAGCAGCAGAGCCCCGUGAAGCAGGGGCUAAAGUGCAUGUGUGCUAGGGCUGCACCUUGUUAUCUUCUACAGUGGGAGCAGCCUCUCCUCUGGUACCAGCCCUUCUCAUGCAUGGGCAUCCUGGGGGAUUUUUAGUGCACUGCAAGUCACGUUUUCACUGCUGGGUAUGGCCCUUGGCUUGGGAGUUUCAGAUGAGCCCACAGCUGCAAUAUCUGGAUCUCCUGUUCCUGAAGUGUACAGCCUGUUACCUUCGCUCCUCUCUCAUCCACUGUUUGUUCCAUCAUUCUCCACCUCUCCCUCUGAAUUGCCUCUCCCUUCUGCCCCCUUGGGCAGAAGCAGAAGGUCUUGCUGGAACAGUAGUGCUGGGUCUUUUCUGCAGGACUCUGGCCUUGUUCUCCUGGACUUACUUCCUUACUCUUAGAAAAUUAAAUUUAAAACAGACUUCUGUUGUGGUGGGAGGAAGGGGCUUUACAGAUGAAAUGCGUUCUUUUUUGUUUCUCAGGAAUUGUUUAAACAUUUUUUGAUUUAAGGCCAAACCAGUCAAUGCUUCUGUCUAAUUUGUCUGGCUAACCCUGUGUUUAUUAUCCUUAGGGGCUAGAGUGCUUGUCAUUAAAAAUCAUCCUCCUUGUUCCUGGAGGGGACGAGGACUAGCAAGCUGACUUGUGCAGAGUGAUUUCCCAAGGUGGUGGGUUGCCCUCUGUCCAGCCUUGCGUGUGCUGCUGUGCCAGGGCCUUGGUGGCCAGCCACCCUCCCAGACCACCUCCAUGGGAGGGACCGCAAAAGCAUGUGGGGGUGUGGAGUGGCAAGAGGCAGAGGAGGAGGCAGGUUUGGAUCAGAUCCUCAUUUCCUAGUGCUGAACUCUGAGGUGAGUGUUGAGGCUCCUUUAUCUUGUCUGAAUCAAGUCCUGAGGUUUGAGGAGGCAUAGGGCUAAAAACCCCUGGGCUGGAACUGGGAUCAGGCCACCAGAGCCCAAGUCUGUUGGUUGCUGCAGCCGUGAGCAGCGAAGCCAUGUGCCCGCUGCCUGUGGGAGCGAAGCUGUCCAGUGGAGAGAGAGAAAGCAUUGCCAGACUUUCCCUGCAGCCUUCUUCAGCUCUGUGUUUUUUCUGCCCCAGCACCUUUCCACCUUCUAAUUAAUUGGUGCAAAGGAGGACCGGAUAGUAGGUGAGGCAGCGUGUGGCAUUGCCAAGCCUUGCUCUUCGCUUUCUGUCUGCCCAUACCUGUUAUUGACUUUCUGUGUGCCUCCCACCUAAAAAUGGGAUUGUGUGCCCCUGCAGGGCUUUGGACUGGGGAACGCGUCGUCUUCCUUGACUGCAGGUGAAGGGAAGGACAUGGGCUUUGGUGACCUGCAGCAGGUGAACUUGCUGAAGCAGAGGGAACCGCGCAGGUCAGCCAUCUCAGCCCCUCCGGAGGACUGGGGGUAAUGCUGUACCCAAGUGAUGGACAGAAAAGAUGAAGUGGUUUUGUGCCUGUGUGGUUGGUAAUGAAGGGUGACAUGCUCAAGUCCACUCUUGCUGUUGCUUUCUCUCCCUGUGUCCUGCUGAAGUGUUCGCUGUCACGCAGCUCAGGCCAGCCUGCUCUUCAUGUCUCUGUGGCAGGUGAAAAGGGGGACCUUGUGGCCUCCAGGUAACAUAAGAGUCAGGAUGGAGGGAGAGCGUCGGAGCAGAAUAGGUAUUUGUUCCCCUCCACCCCCCUUGGUGUAUCCUUGUGGGACAGUAGUGUGUUUUCCCCUGUUGAACAGCCCCUGGGUCUGCCCCUGUCUCCCAGCUCCUGCCAGCAAUCUCCGUGGCUGCUAUGCCUCUGCACUGUGAAGACACGUGUCCGGGGUCACUCCUGGUCCGAUUAGUGAACACUGGUGAUGAAGAGGGAAGGGAUGGCUCAUCCUGGCUUCACUGACCUCAAACCUUGGUGAGAAAGGAGGGAAGUGAAUGGGAGAAUGGAUCCUGAAUCCCUCCACCGUUGUGUGCCGUGCCCCCCCCUCCCCCAACCUCCCUUCGGAUUUCAUUGGACAAACUUGCUGUUAUUAUGGAAAGGGAGGGGGAGCUGGAGGUAAGGGGGUGGCAGGAGGGGCUCAGAUCCAGCGCCAAGAAAGAAGAGCUGUUUCUAAUGCAAUACACUGACAUUUAAAGCUUUGGGGACUAUAGAUAACAGAUUAAGAAGGGAUCUGAAGUAAUCUGAGACUAAGAUUUCAAACCACUGUUUUUUCCUUCCUGUACGGAUGGGAUGAUGAUGUAGUAUCAUCCUGGAGGUGGUCCAUCAGCACUUCUGAGCCUGGGGUCCACCUGGACCUAUUGGUGGUGUUGCCCCUGGGGCAGCCCCAGAACACCCUGCUUUGGCAAAAGAAUGCGUGGACUUGCCAAAAAUAAAAUAAAAUAAAAAAAAUUUAAAAAAGGAAAAAUAAGAGUGUCUGCAAAGCUCCUUUCCACUCUGUAAUUUAUAAAGAGCAAGUAAUAAUGAACUUUUUGUAAGGAUAAAUCAAAUGUACAUUCUGAAAUCAUUUUCUCUGUAAAUGAUUGGAUUUCAUUUCACCCUUAAAGGGAUGCUUAAAAGGAGGAGAUAAUAAUAAAAAAAUUUACAAAGUAUGAAAGGAAACCAA